AUGCGGCCUAGCACAUUCCACUCACUGCACGCGCACUCACUCACUCAGUCAGUCGGUUGCGUCGGGCUGUACGCGAGCGGGCGCGGAGAUACGCGCUGGCGAACGGGCGGUGCGUUACUGAGGCCGCCGCCGCCGAGGCUGGUGGCUAUAUCGCGCCGCCUGACGUCACCACGGCGACGUCACGGAUGCGACGUCAUUAACGGUACCUCCCACGGCCCGCCCGCCUCCGCCUCGCCGCUGCCGCCCGCCCGAGCCUGUGCUAACGGCAUCGCUAGUACGGGACGGAGCUUUCAUACGCCCGCGCCGCCCGCGCCAGACCGCUGCAUCGUUCAUCGUUCCUGCACCGCUGUGAGCUUUCCAUGGCCAACACUCGCGUCUUUACUUAUACAAUCGUUCUCCGUGUCUGAAUUGUAA